UCUAACAGCUUCAACCACACACACACACACACACACUGGCAGAUACAUUCAAGUAGUUUUUUGCUCCACUUGCCUCCUUUAAUGACUUCAGCAUGGGUCUGCCAAUAUUUUUUAUUUUAGGAAUGGCUUCAAAACUUGCUCUCAGCAUGAAAAUGCAAGAUGAGGAGCCCAGAGACUUGGUUCUCAAACAAACGGUUAUAGGGAUAUUGGGAGAGGAGGUCUACCUGCAUUGUUUAUACACCGGACAAAGUCAAAUCCUGUUCUCCUCCUGGAACCGUCUGGAUUCAACAAUGAAAGCAAAGAAAAUGGCAGGCUACAACUAUAUGAAAGGUUUUAAACGAGAAAACUUCGACAUUCCAACAUCAGCUACUAACCUCACUGUGAGGAUAGACGUGGCAAGUCUUGAUCAAGAAGGGGAAUACACCUGUGUUUUUAACUCUGAAGAAGAUGAAACCAAGGGAGCAAUGACUCUCAGUGUUAUUGCUCGGCCUGAAAUUGACAUAACCGUGAAGGAGGAAGUUGUGAACAGGACCGUCUACCACGCUGUCACUUGUUCAGCCUUCAGUGCCAAGCCAGAGGCUGUGAUUAGAUGGGAGAUCGCUGGUGCCCUUCCAAGAGAUGACAUCUUCUCCACGAACACCACUAAUGCAAUUCAUCCCAAUGGCACAAACAGUUCUGUCAGCAUACUUCACUUCCCCCUGAUUAUGAAUAAUGAGAGCACAGUUACCUGUGUGGUAGAGCAUCCAGCGUUUACCGAGCCUAAAAGAGUCAGCAUUGAGGUUGACACAUUUGAUUCUCCUGUUGUGAGCAUGGAGACCGUCCUGAUCCAAGAAGGAGGAGAAGACUUUCAGGAGGUCAUCUGUAGAGCGACAGAUGGCAGACCACAUCCUAAUAUCACUUGGAAACUUCCUGAAUUUAGAAACACGUUGCUUUUACAGAGAGACAUCUCAGAAUCAGACUCGGUUGUCAGUUCAUAUCGGUUUCCAUCAGAUUCUUAUGAAGGAGAAAAUGUGUCUUGCAUUUUUGGCUACAUGUUUUUCCCUUUCACAAGCACUAGGACAAUCACCUUGCCUAUAUACUAUCUGUCCUAUAUUCAACUGAAGGACUUCGAUCAUGCUGUUAAUAGUGAGAAUCAGACGGUAUUGGUAUUUCAGGAGGGGGACUUCGACAUUUCAGUUGGAAUGGAUGUUAGAGGCAACGUACCAAGUUAUAAAAUGAUCUGUUCAAGGGAAGACCAACCACUGCCUGAGGAUGUAGAUGUGGUUGGCAACAAUAUCUUUAUCCGAAGACCUGUAGAUGUGCAUCUUGCUGGAGAGUAUUUGUGUCAGGCUUCAUACCGAAAACAUCGAGUUUCCCUGAGGUUCACAAUUGAAGUAAAUCCAAAAGUCAUGUUGCCAGUGACAUUUCCUCCAAAUAUCAGUGUGGAUUUGGUAGAAAAAUCUGAUCACAUUCGCAUUGAGUGUUUGGCUUCCAAUGCAAUUCCUGCAGCAAGCGUGUCCUGGGUUCUUCCCCAAGAGAUCAACAGUACUGUUCAGUCUGACGUCACAUCCUUUAAUGGAUCCUUUUCUGUCAGAAGUGUGUUGAAUGUGCCUACAUGCUUGACCCGUGAAUAUGUCAUUGAGUGUGUAGUCAACCAUACUGUCUUCAUGGAACAAGAGAGCCGGCAGAUUGCUCUUCCUGUGUGUGCUCCACCCAAUAUUACCCUGCAGUGCAGUACUGAAUGGGACAGUGGUGUUGCAUACGUUCAGUUGGUGUGUUCAGUGCAGAGCCAGACUCCAGUAGUGGCCAUUAGCUGGGCUGCACAGUGCCUUGGCAAUGACAUCAGCUCCAGUCAGUUUGAAAUGAGUCAAACCCAGUUUCAGCCAAGUCAUAUGAUUGCUGCUCAGAGCGUGGCACGUAUUCCUAUUUACACUCAUGGCGGAUGCAGCGUGACCUGUUCGAUCGAGCUUCAGGGGUUAGAGAAACCAGAGAACAAAAGCAUUGUCCUCCCAUCCUUAGGGCCGUCUGCAAUCCUUGCAUUUGUGGCUGAAGAGAGAUACACUCAUAUCUGGCAUGCAGUGUGUGGGUACAGCGGUUAUGGAGUCAUACCCAACAUCUCCUGGAUCCUUCCUGAAAACGAUGCUGCAGUUCAAGCAAUCACUGAGUACAAGUACGAUGGAAUUAAAGUAGAAGUCAAUUCGACUUACGAAUUUCAGCUCAACCAGUUCGAGGGGAAGGAUUUGAUCUGUGUGGUCCAGAGAGAGCUCGACUGGGAAGAGAGACGGACAAUACAAGUUCCAAAAUUCUAUAUCUCAUCUGUUGAGGUUUUAAACAAAACCACAGUUGAUCGCAGAAGUCACGGCCAGCGUGAGCAUCGAGUAGAGCUGCAAGAAAACCUCUCCAAUCAGAAGAUACUUCUUCAAGCCCAUGGCAAUGCAACAUCUUACUGGACAAUAUGUUACAGAGAGGACGGCUCAGCAGCACACACAGUCGGCAUGGCAUUGGUUUUUACAGCCCCAGCAUCCGAACUGGACACAGGACUGUACAUAUGCCAUGUCUCGUAUCAUCACCACAUGGCCAAAGUCUUCCUUCGUGUGGAUGUAACAAGUGAAGAGACUCAACACCUAAUAUUCAUCACUAUCUGCUUCACGACGGCUGCUGCCAUCUCCAUCAUCUUGAUCAUCCUUUUGUUUGUCGUCUGCAAAUGUGGGAACAGUCACUCUUCACAACAGAAAACCAGGAUGGAUCGUGAGUCUCUGUCCGCUCUGAUGCAGGACCCUCGCUGCUCAGAGAGGGCGCUUCUUCAAGGCCAGGCCGGCCAAUAUGCUGAGCUCACCCACUAUUCCAUUGUUUUUGAUGCCAAAAGCACCGUGUGAUGCACCUGUUUGUUUUUCCAGGGUAACAUUUAAGUUUUUAGAGUGUUUUGGAGUUCAUGCCAUCUUGAAGGCACACGAUGUAAAAGAAAAUAUCAUCAAUUUUAGUUAAAGUGAUCAUGUGAAUGAAGCAUUUAUUAGUGAUGAAGAGAGGGAAUUAUUGGCAAUGGUGAUAUUAGUGGUCACAUGCUGUCUUUUAUACAUAGUGUGAAGAGCGCCUGAUUGUUUAACAGCAGUUCAACAAACUGAAUAUUGAGCGAGCUACAUUUUAGAUACAAUAUUGUUUUUAUUUUGUUUUGUAGACGAAAAUAGAUUCUGAGCUGAACAUUUGUGCAUUUGUCUGCUAUACUGUCGUUUUACUUCUGAAUUAAUGUUGUUUUUGAAUGAACUAUAUAAGUCAGUGAUUCAGUGCUUCAUUUCUAAAAGAAUCAGAUGCUUUGAAUGAAUCAUUUUAAGGAAUGAUUUAACAAAUGAUUCUAUAAACGGUUUGUUCAACCCAAAAUGAAAAUUCUGUUAUUAAUUACUCACCCUCAUGUUGUUCCAAUCCCCAAGACUUUCAUUUACCUUCAAAUCACAAAUUAAGACAUUUUGGAUGACAUUUUAGAGCUCUCUAACCUCCAUAGACAGCAAGGGUCCGAGACACUCAAAGUGCAGAAAAGCAACCAAAACAUCUUCAGCGGUUCAACAGAAAUCAUAUGAAGCUCCACGAAAACUUUUGUGCACAAAAAAUGACUACUACUUGAUUAAUACAGGUAAAAUUAAGUACUUAAGUCAAAUACUCGCAUUGGCAAACGAAGUCAUUUUUACAGGUUUUAGGUACACAAAAUAUACAGGACUUGUAUAUGGAGGGGAGAGCCAGAGACAUCUUGAAUUUCAUCUAAAAUAUGUUCAUUUGUGUUCUGUAGAUGAGCUAAGGGGAUUAAAUGAAAAAGAAGAACUGCGUCUAAAACCACAGUCUCCAGUAUGUAAUCACUGAAAGCAUAUGUUGGGUAUAAUAUGUAAGUGUGUAGUAUGAAUGUAAUCAGGACGUGCUAAAGUCACCAUGUAGUUAUCCUGGUACUUUUAAAUUCAGACGUACCGCUAUAUAUGCAGUGGAGAAAAUAAGUAUUGAAUACAUCACCAUUUUUCUCAGAAAACAUAUUUCUAAAAGUGCUAUCGACUUGAAAUU